AUGUCUAAUAAUCUUCUUUCUUUGGCUGGUUGGACUUUCCUACCUAAUUUGGUUACGGGUUGGGUUCAAACAAUAUGGUAUGGACUGACGAUACGUGUCGGCGAUCCAAAACCUCAACCAGGCUCUCCAAAAUGGAUCCUACAUCGCCGGCGCAUCAACAUACUGGUCAUAUCCGCAUACCUCAUAUACACAAUAUACGAAGCCGACUGGACCGUUCGUGGAGCUAGCGACUUCUACCAAGAUCUGGGGGUUUCUCAUUCGGCGACUGAACGAGAAAUUAAAUCGAAAUUUCGGCGACUAGCAGCCAUUCAUCAUCCGGACAAAGUAACAUCGUCUUCCCCUUCCUCCGAAGGUUACUUUGUCCAUCUCAAAUUAGCCCAAGACACACUUCUCAACCCUGCGAAACGAUUCGCAUACGAAAGAUUUGGACCUGAUAUGGUAGGGUGGCAACAUUGUUCAACCAUCAGAGAUUACCUUGUCCAUGGCUUGCAGACGAUCGGACCUUAUUAUGGUGCCGCUGGGGUGUUUAUGUACGUUUUAGGUCUUCUCGGGUAUUUGGAUUGGGGCAAAUACUGGCGCUGGAUUACCGUCAUCAUGCUCUGCACAUUUGAAUUGCACACGAUUUCGCGCCCAUAUUUCCCAGUUGUUGUAACUAAAAUCAUAAAUCCGAUACUCGCAACAUUUACAUCACAUCCGCCAUACCUCCCAUUUCAACUGAUACAGCUCGCUCGAAAAAUGAGUCUAACGUUAUAUAUUGCAUUUUCCCAACUUGGUCCAUUGCUGCAACCACCUACGGCUGUCCCACAGAAUGGAAACCCAGAAACCGUUUUAAAACAGCAACUUGAUCGAUUAGAACACGUUGCAAAAGCUGCGGAAGUUGAUGCCUCGAGACUUCAAGGAUUAGAAAUGGUCCCAUUCGUCAAUGAUCCACAGGCGAUGAAAGAUGUAAAGGGAAAAGUUAAAGAAUGGCUUAUACAAAACACCAUAAGGUCCGAUCCGGAAGUUAGAGAUGCAAUGGGGACUGUAUUGAGAAGUAGAAGAACGGAUGCCCCAGCUGGUGCAAGGGGUAAUCGAUAG